GUUUAUGCUAAAGAAAAUGAAUUGGUCAAAACACAAGAGGUCUCAAUACAAGCUUUAGCUAAAGAUAAUAUUGUAAAGUUCACAAAUCCUUAUAAAGUAACUGGCAAAGAAGAUUUAAAGAAACAAGCUAUUUUAGUGAAA